AUGUUCUCUUCACCGAUCCCCACGUGUCCACUGCACCCAUGGCAGGUGGCGCGGAAAGCCAUAGCUACCGACCGAUUAUACCAGUCUUCGGUACCGCACUCCACCAGAACCUUUGUCGACACGAGCGGAAGGCAUUUUCGCACCACUCUUUUCAGCCUGUGCAGGCAGACGCCGCCUCCCAGCGGGUUUGUGCACUUGCAACCCCGCAAUGUGCCGUCAGCUAGUAACGGGAGUUUUUUCUCCACCCGGGAUUGCUCGGAAGAGCGCGCGGCGUACUGGCGGAGCGUAGAGGGUGCUCGAGAUGGCGCGCUUCUGGUCGACCCCUACGCUGGUCUGCUGACCGCGGCGGAGGGAUCAGAGCGGGAAAGAGAAGCAGAGAGACAAGGGGAUGCGGGAGAUGAUGCGGAGAAGGCGGCGGGGGAGGCGGCGUCGUAUCUGGUGGCGACGCGGUUCCUGGACGACUCGAUUCAAGAGGCGGUGGCGCAGCUGGUGGGCGGCACAGAGGAGGUCCGCCAGGUUGUUCUUCUAACGGACGGGUGUGACACGCGCCCGUACCGCAUGGCGUGGCCGCGCCCCAUGGUGGUGUUUGACGUGUCACCUGCUGCGCCCUACACCGCCUGCCACAACCUCCUCCUCGAGGCUGGAGCGCGGCCAGCCUGUGGAUCGGUGGUACGCCACGUGUCAGCUGACCUGUCCACCGGAGAGGACUGGCGGGACGAAGGUUGGGGCGAGAAGCUACAGAGGCUCGGAUACAGAGGAGACAGGCCGAGCCUGUGGGUGUUGCAGGGGCUGCCCCACCUGUCACCGUCAGGCCUGAAGACCAUUCUGGGCCACCUGCAGGGGCUGCUCAUGGCAGGCUGCCAAGUCAUUGGGGAGCUGCCCUUGGCUGUUGGUGGUGCUGCAACAGACUCACGAGAGGACUCUUCGGAUGCUGUCGCUGCUCUCUCCUCCCUGUUUGCCUCUCAUGGGCUUCUGGCUGAAGUGCAAUCAAUUGCCUCAAUCGCUGCCCUGUAUGCUCAACAGUGCCCCACAGCCCGCCAUCUCUUAGAUCAUUUGGAAGGAUCUGAUGGGCCAGCACCGAGAAAUAUGAUGAUGUUUUCGGCAACACAGCAGCGAAUGUCAGAUGCACAGGGAAGCAAAGUCAAGUACGAGCUCGACAAGAAGUCCGGCCUUAUCAAGGUUGACCGCAUUCUUUACUCUUCGGUGGUAUAUCCUCACAACUAUGGGUUCAUCCCGAGGACUCUCUGCGACGACAACGACCCAAUGGAUGUCCUCGUCUUGAUGCAGGAGCCAGUGAUUCCUGGAUGUUUCCUUCGCGCCAGGGCCAUUGGGCUUAUGCCUAUGAUUGAUCAGGGAGAAAUGGACGACAAGAUCAUUGCUGUGUGCGCCGAUGACCCAGAGUACAAGCACUUCAAGUCUAUUGACGAGCUUCCGAGGCACAGACUGCAAGAAAUCAAGCGUUUCUUUGAGGACUACAAGAAGAACGAGAAUAAGGAAGUCGCAGUCAACACUUUCCUUGGCGCCACAGAAGCCAUUGAAGCUGUGAAGAAGUCCAUGGAUUUGUACGGCCAGUACAUCUUGGAAAGCUUGCACAAAUAA